GUUGGGUAUUAAAUAGAGGCUCUUAUUAUAAUACGUACUCUACCGGUGUCUUUUUUACUUAAUCUACUUAUUCCCCCCCCUUCCACGUCGCAAUCAAUACUUUCCCUUGGUCUAUCCCCCACCUCUCCACACCUACGCUUCCGCCUCACUGAGUGACCGAUGCGGAGCAGGUACGGUUCCGGGAUUUAUUAUAUACUUGGUUGCCAGCCCAUCUCAUCACAGCAGCAGCAGUAGGAUCAUCAUCCCUCGCAUCCCAACAUCAUCGCUCCAUCCGAGACCUGGCUGUCUCCGGCUUUGCUGGUCAACGACUUUAGAUCGUUUCAAAGAUACACGCACUCACACACACACGCACGACGGGGAAAUAGCGACGGGACGGUAAACACCUAUAUAUAUUGAAAAAAAAUAUAUUAGGAAAGAAUUGGUUAUGGGGCAGACACCUAGUUCUGGAUCCCCGGUUUACCAUAUGGAGGCCCACACCGUCAUUAAAGCGUUGGAAUACAUCAGCCAGAAGUUGUGCAGGAAGGGGAUUCAUGUUCAUCUGAUUGUCGCUGGGGAUGCGCUCUCUUGUUUGUUAUUCAAGUCGAGACCUACAACUCACUCGAUAAGCAUCCUCCAAGCAUCUGCGCUUUCGCCCCGCUCAUUAUCGGUCCUCUUCGGCGCCGUGCACCGCGCGGAGAAGAAAUUCGGCCUGGCGAACGACUGGGUGAACACCGAUCUGGGUCGACAGGUGGAUAGCGACUACCUGGACUACGUGGUGCACAAGAGCCUGCUGCAAAACGAGAUAGUCUUCUCCUCGGAGGGGCUGACGCUGGUGGCGAUAGAUCUCUGCUUCGCCCUCAAGUCGAAGCUGGAAUCCCUGACCAACAAAUUCACCCAGAAGGACAUCGAGGACGCCGUCGUCCUGCUUCGCCGGCUGGUGGUUAUCUACCGGGGCAGGCCGCUGACGAAGGGGUACAUACGCAUGAGCUAUUCGCGGAUGGAGGUCUCGGACCAGAUCCUGCUCAGGCUGAACGAGCUGUACGAGUGGCAGUAUAGCACCAGGGGUGUCGCGGGCGUGCACGACGAGUACAUGGAGUGGAGGAGGGAGGGAAUAGCGGAUUGGUCGUUCGGGUUCCAGGACUUGAAGCGGGAGGCUUCGGUCCACGCGCCGCUCGAGAAGGGGCUGUAUUCUUGGAGGGAUAAGCCGCUGCCCGAUACCCCGUAUCGGGAGGACUUUGCGGAGAUUUUCACGCAGCAGAGGGUUUACUGAUUGAUUGUCUUGACUGCCGUAUCCAUCAUUUGUUCGGUUUACGAACGGACGAGACUGACUGGACGAUAUUCAAAUUUUUCUUCCUUCCUUCUUUCACGACAGAGACGAACGGAUUGGGUGUACAUAUAAUAUGGUUGGGCGGGGCAAAAGAUUGAUUUUUGGGCGGGGUUUUUUUCAUUAUCAUUAUCCUGUCGUGCUCUUUUUAGCGUUUCAUACAUUACACUUCUUCUUUUUCCUUGUAUUAUCCAUUUUUUUAUAUCCUCUUCCUGUUCAUUAUUUUUUUUCCUUCUUCUCUUCUCUACAUUCGCUCCUACCCCCGGCUUUUUGUUUUCUAGAAAGAAGGGGGGGAUGGGUUUGGUUGGUUGGUUGGUUGGGGGGGUUUCGGUGCACGGAGUUUUUUUUUUUUUUGCUUUUUCUCUUUUUUCUUUACCAUCUCUACCAUCUCUACGAUACCAUCUCUAUGCUAUCUUCUCCUGUCUAGACACCAAUCAGUUGGUGCGCAUCACCAUCAUUAAUUUUUA